CUCGCGCUUCAGCGUACUCCACGGGCUCCGGUCCCGCCGCGCGAUGCCUGCCUCUGCCGUUGCCCUGCUCCGCUUGCUUUUCUGUGAUUGCUGUAACCAGUGCGUGAGCCCCAGCCCAGCUUCUCAGCGCGUAUUGCCAUGCUUUGCCCGGCUCGUACCGAGUUUGAAUCUUGUCGCUGCUCCUCUGCCGCAAAUAUCAACAUUGCCUUUUCCUUCCCCCAACACUCACCUGUCGUGACCCUAUGGCAUGGCGUUCGUCACCCUGCGGAGGGCCUUUUGUCCUACGUCCGCAUUUUGGAUGCCCGGAGCUGUGGUCGCUCUGAAAAUUCACCCCGCGAAUCACGUCCAAAAGGUGGUCACAGCUCGCCUCCGUGUGUGGUUCUGUCCCCUACAACCUCAGCUGUUCAGGGUCAGAUUCCAUCAUGCAUACUGUAAAAACUUCCACUCAGAAAACGGAAAUGACCUUCCUCCAGUCGGUGAGCCAUGGUUCCCUCAAGCACAGGACUGGAACCAGCCGGAACCUGCUCUUAAGACGGAGGAUGAGGAGAUGGCUUUCAGGAGACUCAGCGCCUUGGCCUCCUGUGAGGAAGUGUUGAGUUUUCUAAGCACACUGGACACCCUGCCUGUCGCUCUGGCGUCAGCAGCUCUCCUCAGGAUCUGGGAGAUAGAGAAGAGAGAUGGUAAGCCGAGGCUGCCCAAGGCAGUGCUGGAGGACCGCGUCUUCCAGGCUCUGUGCCUCCGGUGCGAGCAGGAUCCCUCGCCUCUGACCGACGCCGCCUUGGUGACGGCUUUGCAGUCUCUGGUUAUGUUGCGGCCUGUAGAUCCUCAAAAUAGCCUGAUGCCGAGCCUCAUGGCGGAAUGCCAACGUCGUCUUCGAAGGGGCGGCCUGGAAGUCCACCAUCUCUGUGUUCUUGGGGAAAGUCUGGCUAAGCGUCAAGGUGCAAGUUGUGAGACGCUGGAAUUGGUUAUCUGUCAACUGCAAAGGAAAAAUUUGGAAACAUUUGCUCCAGAGGAUAUUGUGUCUGUUUAUAGAAUUCUGCAGGCGUGUCCUGAAGAACUAGACAAAUACCAGACGUUUUUGAACACAGUAAACAACUUCUCCAUUUCAAUAGUUCCCUACCUGAGCCCUAAAUCCAUUAGCCGCCUUCUCGCUGCCUUAGUGGCCCUGGACCAGGCUCACGCACGUCCACUGCUUAUAAAACUGGGCAAGUACGUUGUGAGGCACAUCCCCCGCUUCACAAAUGACGAGCUCAGGAAAGUCUUGGAGGCGUUUGUUUACUUCGGACACAGUGACAGGUUUUUCACAGAGGCCUUAGAGCAACACGUGGCCGCCCUGUGCUUGUCCCUGGAGCCCGCCGUUGCCAGCUCCGUGAUGGAGUACUGCAGUAGGAAGCGGAUUCUUUCCAAGCCCAUCUUCGACGUAGUCGCAGAGAUUUUUGUUUGCCAGUCAGAAAAGUUUUCACCUAGUCAGAUUUCUGAAUUAAUCGAGCCAUUUGGAAAACUCAAUUAUUUGCCACCAAAUGCCCCUGCCCUGUUCAGGAAGGUGGAGCACGUGCUCUUCACUCACUUCCACCACUUUCCUCCAGAGAUGCUCCUGAGACUCCUCCAUUCGUGCGCGCUGCUCGAGCGCCUUCCCGUCAACUUUAUGUCAAGAAUAUUCAGCCCCUUCUUCCUUCAACGGCUGCAAGGUAAAAAGUCGUAUUUGGACAGAUUGAGCCUGGCACAACUGACCCAACUUUUCCUAACGUCCGUCCUAGAGUGCCCGUUCUACAAGGGCCCCAAACUUCUUCCUAAAUAUCAAGUGAAGUCAUUCCUCACUCCGUGCUGCUCCCUAGAGACACCCAUGGAUCUCCAUCUGUAUAAGUCUGUGGUGAUUGGACUGAUUGAUCUCUUAGGAUCAAGAUUGUAUUUUGCUUCAAAGGUGUUGACGCCCUAUUAUUACACCAUUGAUGUUGAAAUUAAGUUAGAUGAAGAUGGAUUUGUAUUGCCGUUUACGAUGGAUGAGGAUAUCCACAAAAGGGUGGCACUGUGUAUUGAUGGGCCACAUCGAUUUUGCUUGGGCAGUAAGCACUUACUUGGAAAAGAGGCCAUUAAACAAAGACACCUGCGGCUGCUUGGUUAUCAGGUUGUUCAGAUUCCCUAUCAUGAGCUGGACCUGCUUACAUCAAGACUUGAAUUGGUGGACUAUUUACAAAGGAAGCUGUUUUCUCAAAGCUCCACCGUCCACUGGUAACAGAGGACACUAGCUUCGGGAUUCACAGUGAAAAAGAUUAUAUUUGUAAGAGAGAUGGUUUAAUCUGUGAAUUAGCCACUGUAUGGAAAUUAUGUUUACAGAUUUGGGAUCUGAAAAGGGUCUGCAUUUUUUUCUUAUACCAUGUAUAUGUGUAUUGGUGGUAAAUUUGAAAUUAAUUUAAUACUAGUAUCAUAGAUGCCUUCACCGCAUCGAGCAGGAUCAUUCAAAUGCAAUAAAGCAAUGUAACAAGUAA